CGUGACCCCUUCUCUUCUCGACUGGUCCUUCUCCACUGCCGCAAUCUCUCUCUCGACUCGUGGCCAAGCUUUCGCUUUUGCCCGCCAUCGCUGACCUAGAUCUACCCCCAAUUUCUUCGUAGAUUGGCCGUGAAGAGGGUUGAGAUCCAGUAAGGAUUUAUGGAGGCAGCUGUGAGGUGUGGCGGCUGAGAGGAUUUGCUGAGGUUUUUGGGUUUCUGGAGGUGUUUAUGGCCAUGCAGAAGCCGGCGGUGGCGCCGGUGUUUGGUGUGGCUGGGGGUUAUGGAUCUUGUAAGGUGGAGGAGGCUGUUUCGCCGGAUAGGUUCCCGGCGGGGUUAAGGGUUCUUGUGGUGGAUGAUGAUGUGACUUGUUUGAGGAUUUUGGAGCAGAUGCUCCAGAAAUGCCUUUAUCGAGUUACAAUUUGCUGUCGGGCUGCAAAAGCUUUAUCUCUUCUUCGGGAGAGGAAGGGUGGUUUUGAUGUGGUAAUUAGUGAUGUUCAUAUGCCUGAUAUGGAUGGAUUUAAGCUACUUGAGCACGUUGGCCUUGAAAUGGACCUUCCUGUCAUAAUGAUGUCUGCGGAUGGGAGCACAAAUGCUGUGAUGAAAGGAAUAAAGCAUGGGGCCUGUGAUUAUUUGAUCAAACCUGUACGAAUGGAAGAGCUGAAGAAUAUAUGGCAACAUGUGCUCAGAAAAAAGUGGAACGAAAAUAAAGAAAUGGAAAAUUCAAGCAGCCUGGAAGAUCCUGAACAUAAAAGACGAACCACAGAUGAAGCUGAAUAUGCUUCUUCUGUGAAUGAUGGAACAGAUGGUACUUGGAAACCUCAAAAGAAAAAGAGAGAUGCUAAAGAAGAAGAUGAUGGUGAACUGGAUAGUGAUGAUCCUGCUGCAUCAAAAAAACCUCGUGUUGUGUGGUCGGUGGAACUCCAUCAACAGUUUGUCAAUGCUGUAAACCAACUUGGAAUUGAUAAGGCUGUUCCCAAGAGAAUUCUUGAGUUGAUGAAUGUGCCUGGUUUAACGAGGGAAAAUGUAGCAAGCCAUCUACAGCAAUUUGAUAACAAUGUGCAGAAAUUCAGACUGUACUUAAAAAGGUUGAGUGGAGUAACCCAACCCAGCUCCUUCUGUGCUCCGCUAGAAUCAAAUGCUAAAGUUGGUCCACUAGGCAGACUUGAUCUCCAAGCACUGGCGGCUACAGGACAAAUUCCUCCACAGACUCUUGCUGCUUUGCAUGCUGAGCUCAUGCGGCGCCCCUCCGACAGCUUAGUUUUGCCGGCAAUGGAUCACCAAGUUCUACUACAAGCUUCAGCUAAAGGACCCAAGUGCAUUCCUUUUGAUCAUGAUGUGGCAGCUGGGCAGUCUGUGUUAAAAUGUCAAUCAAACACAUCUAAGCAGUUUCCUCAAUCUAGUAUAUCUUUUGAGAGCAUGUCUUCUGGUCUUAUGGGUUGGUCAUCUAGUCACCCUGGUAUGUCAGGUUGUGCCAACAACAUUGAAGGAGUAAACAACAUUCAGAAUAGUAAUAUUCUAGCACAGAUGUUACAACAGCAGCAACAACAACAGCCAUUUCCGGUGCUAUCAGAACCCCAUCAUGCAAUUAAUGUCCAACCUUCCUGUCUUGUCUUUCCUUCUCAGUCAGUAAAUGGUUUCCAGACAGGGAACAUUCCCAUUCCUGUAAAUAGUAGUACAAACAGUGUUGGGGGCCUUUCUGAUACAUCUACCAAUUUUCAGGUAGGAAGAACUUCUGUUUGCAGUGAAAGCGCCAACUUAAAUAGCAGCAAUAUGGUUGUAGGCUAUAAUCAUCCUUCAUUCCAAUCAAAUAGUAUAUCAUUAAUUGCCAGACAAGUCUCAGAUGAGGAACUUAAGGGUGAUGGAGUGUUGAACUCAUACUCAAUGGCAGGAUCUAUUCCCUCUGUAUUUCAGAACCCACCUGUGAAUUUUGGUCCUUCCACUAGAAUGCCUGGUCUUGCUCCUAAUAUGUGCACUCCAAGCUAUGGGACAAAGACUGGAACAUUGCCUGAGCAUGCAGUUGGGAGAAAUCUUGGUUUUGUUGGUAAAGGUACUUGCAUUCCUAGUCGGUUUGCAGUGGAUGACAUUGAAUCAUCAACGAAUGAUGUCAGACAACGGAGUACAUGCACUUUUGAUGAUGCAGAAGUUGUGAAACAAGAGCUCAAUUUGGAUUUUCUGGAUGACAUUAAAACUGGAAACCCUGUGUUGCCACAUUUUCCUCAAAGUGGUUUCACAGGUGUCCUAUCCAAGUAGCAGGGAUGCUUAGCAGAAUACAUGAAUCUCGACGUCUAUUCGUGGACAGCAUCAAUCAACAGCAACCACGCCACAUUGGUAUGAUACAAUUUCAUGUUUUCUGCAGCAGUUGCCUUCAUCUUGGCAUCAUGUAAAGUUUAUGGUAUCAGAAUAUGUGUUACUGAUGCUCAGGGUUAAGUUACCUGCUCUUGAUAAUAGAUGAUAUUCUGCAUUCUCUAAAGCUUAUUUCACAUUGAUGGCAGGAAGAAUGAUAUGUUUGUCUUGUUGUAAUAUAAUCACUUUGUAUGCUUGAAUAUGUUGUUAAAAAUAUAAGUAUGGAAUUACAUGUGCUUAAUCUGUAAUCUGAAUGAAAUCUAGCAAUUUAAAACAGGUGUUUUUGCUGCUGAGUGUUGUAAUAA